GGAACAACAAAAUCACAAUCAACAUUGUCAAAUUCUUUCAUCUUUGUCUAGUGGAAAUCCUAAACAACAAAAACCGCAAAUGGAAAUCGAAGAAGAGGAAAUGUUAGAUGAUGUUACAUUUCCCGUAGAUGAAAUACCCGAACCCAUUAAAGUAUUGGAUGAUAUUAUUUCGGAAUUUGAAGACAAUAUUUCAUUGAGGCCACAAUUGCAAAAUAGUGGUGAAAAUCAAUCAGAGGACGAUGGUUAUAUGAGUCUCAGUCGCAAAAACAUGAAGGAAAAACGUGAUUCUGAAGAAAUGUCCCAAACCAGCUCUAGCUGUGCUCCCGUUGUUACACCCAAUGAAAGUUUUGAUGCUGUCGAUUUGGUACGCUUUGAAAGUAAUGGCAAUUGUCACAGCGGUGAUCGAUUGGAAUCGAAAACUAAUUCGACCACAACGACAACAUCCACAUCGACAAAUGCCAAUAGUACAGAUCCCAAUAAUUUGGAACAAACCACUUUGCCCAAGGCCCGUACCACAACAGCAGCUGCAGCCAACAAUUCCAAUUAUUCAAGUCUUCCAUGUUGUGGCCAACGUACUGGCAAUAAUUUAAAUGACAGCAAGGUGCGUGUGGGCAGUUGCAAUGGUGAAAGGAAUGCUUUGGGCAUUGACAUCAGUGCCGUACACAAAGCUGUUUUACGGGGUAGCGUUGCAAAGCUACAAGAACCAAUGUUAAAUGAACAUCCCGUUACCAUAUAUCCCGGCCCGAAGGAUGGUCCUGUCAGUGGUCGCAGUAAUCGUCCUAGGCGACUACAGUCGUCUGUUGAAAAACACAAAGAGGUCUGUCAUAUUCUAAAUCCCGGUUCUGCCUCAAUUUCUUGUUCUUCAUCAUCCUCAUCUCCGGCCAAUAAAUAUUCCAAUAAGAAUAACUCGGACGAGGAUGAUGAUAUAUCUGAGGAUUCGCUUGAAGAUCCUUCGGGUAUAACAGUUUCCUCAGAAUCGACAUUGCUUACACCACGAGGCAUAGCCUGGGAAAUACAUUUUAAGGAUUUCAAAAAGAAAACCAAACAACAAAAUCAGGGUGCAAAGGACGAAUUUCGCAGUUUCGAAGAGAGUCCUGAAAUCCAAAACUCGUGUGUCUAUCGCCAUUCGAAUAGUAUGCUGGGCAAGGGAACCUUUAUAAUACGUCGUGGUUCCAUUAAAAAACCACCCCGUGCCAUGGAUAUAUUUUCCAAUUAUGAUGAGCCUGUAAAACAUGGUCUUAGCGAAAGCGAACCUGAUAUGGAUUCCGAAUCGGAACGUACGCCACAUUAUAAACCACAGGAUGCCAGAGAUGCUGAAUGUAAAACUUGUGAUACCAAAGAUGCCAAUACUCGACAUAGCUUUGAGAUAGGAAAACCCAUUACUUCGCCCAGAGAUCGGUUAUCCUUGAAUUUGGAACCGAUCAGGCCAGCAAUUAGUUCUAUAAGAAAAGAUUUGUCACCCAUACAGCUUUUGAAUAAGACCUCCAGUUUUGAAGCAUCCAAAAAGGGAAGUUUAAUUUCGUUGGAGGCCCGCUGUAGUCAGGAAUCCAUAAAUGCAGCCCGUACACCUUGUCAUGAGGAAGCAGUAGGUGCUUACGACAUGAAAGGUUUAGAAUCUCCAGGUUUAUUUGUAUAUAAACAAGCCACAAAUGGACCCAUUAAAAGUUCUGAAUUUAAUGAAAUACGCUCAACAUCGACCACACCACAUACUGAUCUCGCCCCCACGCUGGAAGAGGAUGAAGAGCAAUUGAGCGACUUGAGUUUCGGCUGUGUACCAUUGAAACAGAUUGAGGCUAGCAGAGGAGCAGUUCAUUUGCGCAAUGACAUGGCUGUGAGUAAAAUGACUGAACAACCCCUACAUAAACGUCCCCUGGAGUUUCGUCCCGGCGUACAUAAAUCUGAGAGUGCGAAAGAAAUGCUACUUUCACAAAAUACCUUUGGUCCCUUGCCUCCAUCUCCUCCGUCAUCUAAUCCCGAUAUGUUUGAUUACAACGAUUUGCCUUUACCACCUUCGCCAUCGGAUGACACAUCUGUGGGCGAGGAUGACAUAAAGCCCCCAGUGAAAUCUUAUGUCCAGACAUCUGCCGAAAUUCAUACUCAUUCCGUGUCACGUGACAGAGAAGAGAAACGCCAUCCGCGCACCAAAGAACGCGAGAAGCCCAUUGGACGUCCUGUCCAUCGCCAUAUGUCCGAUGAGCUGCCUUUACCACCGCCACCACCCGCAGCGUUUGAGAAUAUGGCGGCACCCGUGGUGCCACCGCAUCGAGCCGGCCAUUCUAUUAAUACCAUGAAAUCGUGGUCCAUAGAUUCCAAUUAUAAGAGGAAAUCUCCAAGGAUGAUGGGUGGUUAUGGUAGUGGUGUAACAACGCCCACAAGUUCACAUGGACCAUCGUAUGACGGUAGCAGUGGUAGUGGCUAUGGUACAAGGCGUUAUGUUUCGUAUGGCACCAAACGUAGUUCUAAGCAAUCGCCAAGAGAAGAACAUCGCCUGCAGACAUCGUGUAGUCUUCCCGAGACGCCAAUCUUUGCCAGAGGAUGCGAUAUACCACGAACACCUUAUCGUCGCCAAACCGAAAACGCACCCAGUGGGUCUAGAACGGCCCCUAGGUCUAGUACUUCAAACAACAUUAAUUUAGGUAGCACUAUGGCUGGUAUGUCCGGUGGCAAUACAUUCGGUGGGGCCAUGUGCCGCCAGCGCUCGAUAAAUCAUGCUUUAGCUUCCAAUGAAAUGUUACGACUAGCCGGUGCUCCGCAACGUGGUUGGUAUCCCAAACAAAGAUCAAUGCGACCCGCUUCAACAGAAAACAUAGAUCGUAUAUCAACAAUGCGAAUAUGGGAUGGUACGCCGGCUAUGCCGGGUACAGGUCCGGCCCGCAAACCGCUAACAUUGCCACCAAAUUUAACGCCAUCAUUUCUAAAUAAAUCACCCAGGGAAGCAUUACGUCGUGUCACCAGUCUGCUGAUAACCAAAAAGAAAAAUCCUAAGGAUAAGAAAAAUAGAUCAGCUUAUACUGCUGAUCAGUGUCUGGAAGCUAGCUAUUAUCAUGAUAUUGACAGAAAUGCUUGCUCUACAAUCCCUAAUCCAAAGGAGCUGAAACAACGAGGACAAAGCAAUACAACGGAAAAACCUAAAAAGAAGGGUAUUUUCAAAACACUUUGGAAGCGUACGAAACAUUUUUCACUGGAUCAAUAAGGCGGCA